AUUACAUGUAGCAGACACUGAUAAAGAACAAGAUUGGGCAUUUUUGUCAUUCUGUGUUAGGAGCUCCGAAGUAAAACAUACAAAGCUAACAUAUAAUAUUAAAAACCAGUGCACAGUGGCGAAAAACAAAAUGAACAAGGGCAAGGGUCGAAAAUCCGAUAAAAGUAAGUUGUAGUUAGUUAUGCUAAUUUAGAAUUUAAAGUUUUUAUUAGUUUCGGUUGUUGGAAAACCUUAUUGUUUCCAAUGCCGAUAUGUUUUCACAAAUUAUUUUAUAAGUACUUACGAUUUACAUUAAAUUAUAUUGUUUUGGUCUACGAAUGCUUGAAAAACUAAAUAUAAUAUAACAUAGACAAUGAGACAAUGCCAUUUUGCCAUUCUAGCAUUUAAUAAAUAAAAUUUAGAAUAUAGGUAUGUAUCUUUAUAGACAAAUUGUAAAUAAUAUUAAAAAUGUAUACAAAACAAACAGUUUGUACAGUAAUGGCCACAGACACGACUGACGUGGUCAACCUGUAAACGAAAUCAGCACACUAUUAUAUAUUAACAUGAGAUGCAGCAUGUGAUAACAGUUUAUUGGUGAUAACAAAUUAUCAGAGUAUUAAACAAAACCAUGUGGAAUUUUAUUUUUAGUUAAGUCUAGUAAACUGAAGAACCAAAUAUUAAAAUUACCAUUUCCGUCAUGUUGCGCAGACAGGCUCGACUUAGACGAGAGUACCUCUACAGAAAGAGUUUGGAAUCCCGCCAAAAAGUUAUCCAAGACAAAAAAGAUAGACUGAAGCAUUGCCUGGACGAAAAUGUACCUAUUCAUUAUGAUUUACGGCCGGAGGCUUUGAAUUUACAAGAAAAACUCGAAUGGGAUGAUGGGGCGCCCGCGCUGGCAGAAGCAGCCGGUGGUGAAGAAGGGGGAGCCGGCACUUUGCACGAAGAUGACGAAUAUCGUUGGGCUGGCGUCGAAGAUCCAAAAAUAAUGAUCACUACGUCACACGAUCCGUCAUCAAGUCUUAAGAAAUUCGUCAAAGAACUCAGAUUGAUAUUUCCGAAUUCCCAACGCAUGAACCGCGGUAAUUACGAGAUGAAACAAUUGGUACAGGCUUGUAGAGCUAAUGAAGUAACGGAUUUUAUUGUCGUUCAUGAACAUAGAGGUGUUCCAGAUACGUUAAUUAUUUGUCACAUGCCAUACGGCCCGACUGCCUACUUUAAUUUAACAGAUGUAGUUAUGAGACACGAUGUACCUAAUAUUGGUACUAUGUCGGAACAGUUUCCACAUUUGAUUUUCCAUAAUUUUGAAACGCAACUUGGCAAGAGAACAAUGAACAUUUUAAAGUAUUUAUAUCCGGUUCCUAAAGAAGACAGCAAGAGAGUUAUUUCAUUUGCGAAUCAUGAUGAUUUUAUAUCAUUUAGACAUCACACUUACAAAAUGGUAAUGUUUAAAAUUAAUGUAUUAUAAUUUCAUUUUCUAUAUUAAUUAUAAAUGUUUGCUAAUUUUAGGUGGAUGGUAACAAAAUUGAAAUGAAUGAAGUAGGCCCUCGUUUUCAAUUGAAACUCUACCAAAUUAAGUUAGGCACAUUAGAAUCUGCAGAAACCGCAGAAACUGAAUGGAUGCUUCGACCUUAUAUGAACACAGCAUCUAAAAGACGAUAUUUAUCAUUGAAAGAUGGAUGGGUACAAGAUGAUACGAUAUUUUCAUAAAUUAUUUUUGUUUGAUUUGUAUUUAGGUACAAAAUAAAAGUUAAAACAAACAUUUUUGUAAUAUGAACUAGUUAUUAUAUUUAAAACUUAUCAUUAAAUAAUUUUUUAUACUUAUGAAACUUGAGAUUAUGUCUUUUAAAGUAAAAAUAUUAUUAAACAAGUUAUGUACCUACUACAUUAUCUUAAUACUUUAAUGUUAUUAAAGUAAUAAUAUUGAUACAUUGAUGGCCUUUAAGGUUUAAUUAUAAGAGACUAAAUAAAUUGUAUAUAGUAACUUGAUUUUAGUACUGUAGACUUAAGUCUGUUGAUAUAUGCAUUUUUUGUAUUCCUCGUGGUAAUGAAAAGAACACGAAAAAAAUAAAAUUGGCGAGAAGAAUUCUAAAUUCCAAUUUGCUCCAGUGACUGUUUUUGUGUGACACUUUGUGCACUACAAAAAAUUAAAAUGUGUACCUGCCAUCUCCUCAUUUAUUAUAGAUGAUUGACAAGGUUCUGUGGAUGUAAGAAAAGUAUUUUUUUUUUUUUAAACGACUUAUCAAACAAAUAGUUCUAAAAUGUUAAAUUUCAUUAUUUUGGGUUAUUCUUAUUUUCGUGGAUAAAACAAUUAUUUGAUUUUUGAGCAGUACUACAUUAAAAAUUCCAAAAAUUGAUUAUGGUUUGGUUAAAAUAUACUUAGAUAGGUAUUGGCAUUUUUAAUUUCUAUCUAUGUUAUGUAUAUAUCAAACUCAAAUACAUGUAUGUGCACUAUAAAAAGUCUAAAAAAAAUAGCCAUUGAAUUUUGCUCUGAACCUAUACAAAUACACUACCUUAUUCUUUUAAUAAUAUAAGUGUUAAAUUCAGUGGCUCUCAUUUUAUUUAAGUAUCUUCACCUAUAAACUUUAUUGUAUGUAAAAAAAUGUUUACAUAUAAUUAAAUAAAAGUGUCAAAAAAUCUCAAAUAUAUAAUAAACUUAUUUUGAUAAAAAAUUUCCCAAUCUUAGUGAAGUCAUAAGAAGAUAAUUCCUAUAGAGUACCUAUAAAAUAUUUUUUUUUUUUAUUCUGUAUGUAUUCAAGUGCUACAAAUCUACCAAGUCGUUAUUAAAUUAGUUGGUUUAGUUAGUUUAGGUAGACAAUAUUUGUUAAGACAGUUAAAUUUUUAACAGGGGAUAAUGUAGUCAAAAACAUUUAAAACAACAAAAUAAUUUUGUAAUACAUUUCAUUAUGGAAUAUGAUAACGUGUUCCUGUUUAUUUGGAAUUGUUUUUCAAUACAAUUACAAUUAUCAAAUUAAUAAUAAAUAUGCAAACAUUUUUAAAAAUAUACUAUCUUACAUCUAUCUAACUUAAUAUCUUAACUACCUAUUUAUACAUUGCUGGGUACUUACGUAAGGUAUUUAGAUUAUUGAUUAAACUUUUCCACAAUACAUAAAGUAAUAUUUCAUAGACACUAGACUGUACUAGUAAUCAAACGUUAAAUUAAAUUUUUUCUAAAUAUUACAUAAAAAUUAAAUCGUUUUAAGUAGCUUAGUUCUAAGGUUAAUAUAAUAAUUUUAUAGAAUUAUCUGUAAACCUUCCCUAGGGUCCAGAAGAGGGGCAUUUUGAAAAUACAUGUUACAUAUUUAUGAUGAAAAUCAACUCAAGAUUUUUCAGAUAUCAAUUCCCUGGAUCUAUCACUGAUAAACUAGAACAAAUGCAAUUAAUUUUAGCUCCCAAAAAAUGUUUAGAAUUUUUUUUUCAAAAUGUAUUUUUGCAUGUUUAAUUAGAUGGUAUUUUAAAAACAAGUCGUUCAAACUUGCUCUAUUUCAAGAAAUGUUUUUUUCAAGAAAAACUUAAAAACACGAUUUUUGAAAAUCAAGGAUUCUGAAGUUUUUUGACCAUAACUACUACAGGAAGUUUGAAUGACUGUUUUUUUAUAAAGUACCAUGAAAUUAAACAUGCAAAAAUACACAUUUAAAAAAAAAAAUUCUAAAAAAUUGCUUUAGAGCUAAAUUGCAUGUAUGCAGUUUAGUUUAUCUUUAAUACUUAAUUUAAUCAUAAAUUUAAUUAGACCUGACGUGUUGAACGUUAUAGGCGAACCAGACAUAACAACCGUAGUUUCGAGGUCUGGGCGAGUUAUUAAGAGAUCGUCGAAAUUACUUGGAUUUGAAUCUCCAGAUUUACGUACGUAUUUAAUGUAAUAUAUAAGUAGCUAAUUAUCUAAAUAAUAUUUAUUUUGUUUGUUUGAUUUAAAAAAUCUUUUUCCCAACAGAAGAAAAAGAUAAGACACCAACGAAGCAAUCAAAACAAGUAACAAAAAGACAAUCAUUUAGUCAAGAACCACUCGCUCAAGUAAGUUUUAUAUUUGAAUUGAUUACAUUUAUUUAAUGAUUAAUUAAAUUUAUAAUACAUAUUUUUUUUUGUUUAGUUUAACGAUAAUAGCAACAUGGAAUUUUUAAAAGAUCAACAAAACACUGAAGGCAAUAAAUGGUCUGUAGACACUAAUCCUUGUGAGUUGGAACUAAUAUAGAUAUCUAGUACCAUUGAUUUUAUAAUAUAAUAGGUAUUUUUAGUAUCUAAGUCUAUCCUGAAAUGGAUGCUAGCGCCUAUAUUGAUUUUAAGUGCACUUUUUGGUAAUAUAGCUCUUGGAUAUUAGAACAAAUUUCAAAAUAAUAAGUGUUUUAUACAAUAUUUAUUUGGGCAUUUAGACAGGUAAUUAAUACAUAAUGCAAUUUUACAUCAACACAAAUUAAUAUUAUAUAAGACAUUUUUUUAAAUUUUUGUUUUUAUUCUCAUUACUCAAAAACCAGAGUUCAGCCCAAUUUUAUUGAACUUUAAAUGCAAACCUGUCAUAAAUAGUACAUAGUAAAUAAAAAUAAUUUGUUGAAUAUUAAUAUUUGAAGAGAAAUGAACGAAAUCAAAUACAAUGUCUGUUUAAUUUUAACACCAAAUUGACUAUACUUUAGGUACAAUAAAAGUUAUAAGUUACAAUAAAUCAAAACUUUCCUUCUUUAUUUCCAGUCAUACCAUAUUGCAGAGAUGUGCUCUGGAAUUUUGGAUGGAGGGGUUUGAAAUGUAUUUUUUUAUUAUUUAUAUAGGAAUCAAUAUGAACAGUGCUCGAAUUGAUAAAAUAUAAGAAGGGGACUAAAGGACAUAAAAAAAAAAUGUGUGUCCUUGUAAUUAUUGAACUCAACCCAACCUGUGGGGGGUUUAGUCCUCCACACCUCCCAUACUAAUUUUCAAACAUAAUUCAGUAAUUCAUAAUUUCCGAAAACAAACACUACCUAGUGCAGGCUAACUUUUGCUUACAUAGUAGGAUAGUACCUUCUAUAGUAGAUAUUAUUUAUUUUAUAUUCUAAUAUGAUGGUUAAUACUAUGAUUCUAUUAUGAUGAUGUGUUUGUUCUUUUUCUGUAUGUGAACAACUUUUCUACUUUUCAACUUUUAGUAAAAAUUAUUGUCUCAUUGGUGUAGUAAGGAGGUAAUUUUUUUAUAGUAAUCUUAUUUAUGAGAAAACCUUUAGAAAAAACAAUAGGAAAACUUGUAACUGUUACAUUUACUGCUUCUGUUUUAUUCUAUUUUGUUUAUUCAAUGAAAAAUAAUCAUAGAGGUUAAAAAUUCCACAGAAUACUUCUAUAGGUAUAGUCUCUUAUAUACAGUUCUUUCUAGACCUGGUACCUUGUAUCCUCCACUGUGUCCCAUGAGUUCCAUUUCAAACAAAUAGUAAAGGUACGCUUAUAUUUCUAACAAAUUAGUUUAGGUACUCCAUCUCCCUGCGUUCUCCCUCAAUUCGAGCACUGAAUAUAAAUAUGAGAUAUCUAUUACAAAUUAUAAAUAAAUAAUGUACAAUUUUUGUAGGGCAAAAUAUUUGUUAAAUUUAGCUUAUACAUUAUAAUACUAAAUCAAAGAACAAAAUCAAGUUUACAGAGCUUUUUAGCCAGUUAAUUGAGUACUUUUUCAGCUGUUAAUAAUAAAUCUUUGUGAAUAGCGAACAGUUUAAAUUUGUUUUCGUUAAUUCAAGUUUAAAAACAUAAAUACUAAUAACUAUCAUUUUAAAUAUCAAAUUAUAAGUUUAAAGAAAUACCUUAGUCAUUGUGCUUUUUAAGUAAGUUUUCAGCCUUUUUAAACUUAAAAAUGUUCACUCUAAGCUGUAGGCACUAAUAGAGUACAUAAUACUUGAAUUAAAAAAUUAAUAUUUGGAAACAAUUCCAAUGCCUCCAAUCCAUUUUUAGGGUGUUAUCCAUCAUUUUUAGUAUAAUAUACCAUAAAUUGAACUCUGCUAUAACAGUUUGUUUAUCAGUAUCAAAAGAUCAUUCGAGGUUACAAUUAAAAUCAAAUAAUACCAUUUUACACAACUAAUAAGAAAAAAAAAUUGUAUUUAGAAAAUGUCUUGGUAUCUGUCAUAGUGUCAUUUGAUAUGAAAUCAAGAAAUAAGAGUGAAGAAAGUAGAUAUACAGUUAUGUAAAAUCAAUAAACAUUUAUAACAGUAAAUUGAAACCUUUAACCCCUCUUCCCCCUUGAGAACUCCCAUUGCAUAUGGUAUAGCCACAAUUAUUCUCUCCAUUGUAUCAGUUCUUAUAAUCUUAGCUUGUUUUUUGUUUGGGCAUUAAUUUAAAUUUAAUUUUCUUAAUACAUCAUUAUAAAUUGUCUUUUGAUAUUUAAUAUUCAAAUAGAUAAUUUUGACAAGAAAGUAUCUAUUAUGUUGAAUUUAUUAGUUAUAGAUGAAUAUACUGAGUCCAGUGGUUCAUCUGUUUCAGUUAAGGAACACAAUCAAGUAAAUGAUCUGAAAUUCUAAUUAGUAUUAUUAUCAGAGUUAUUUCAUCUUAUUUGUAUAUUAUGUUUCUUUUAUGAAUGAACAGUUUAUGUAUGCAGUCGAAAAUUUAAACAUGGACAAAUCGGAAUUUGUUUCAUUUUCAUUGUGGGCUACAGAAGUAAAAAAGACAUUAAUGAAUGCUUAUCCCAAUUAUAGUAAUUUUUCAUACAUCAAUUUCUAAUACAUAAUGAUGAUUAUGUUGAUUUUAUGUUCUUGAAAUAAUUGUUUAAGGUUCAUCACAAAUUAAACAACAACUUAAUGAAAUGUGGAAAUCUGUACCUAAUGAAGACAAGAUUGUACGUUUAUUUGAUAAAAAUGUAUUACAAUUUCAAAUAACCUAUUUUUAUUAUUAUAGCGAUGGGUGCAGAAAGCCAAAAGAUUAUUAGAUGAUGAAUUAGACGAGAGUACAUCAAAUGGCAUCAAAGACACAGCUGAAAAAUCGAGUACAAAAAUUAUUAAUAAUUUGACAGACACUAAUGAUAUCAUGAAGUGAAUUUCUAUAAUUUACCAUUUAUCAUACUAAAGUUUUAUGUAACUAUUGACAUAAUAUUCUACUGUAUUGUUUUGGUAUUUUAGGUGUCAAACGAAAUCGAAAAUAUUAAAUCCAACCCAACCUAUUCAUGUAGCAGCUCAUUUGGCUUUACUUGGCGAAUCAUUAACAAAAAUUGGACAAAGAUUAAAAGAACAUCAAGUGAGAUAUUAUAUUUAUAUAUGUAUGUUUAUUUUUGAAUACCUAUUUAAAUUUUAAAUGUUUAUUUUAUGUGUUUAGGGCCAAAUAGCUGUAAACGGCAGUGUAUCAGUACUUCUCGAUUCUCUUUUAUGUACCUUGGGACCCUUAAUGUGUCUCACUCAACAGGUUCCAGAAUUAAAUGUAAACUCUCAAGAAACAUUAUCAAAGAUUAUGGACGACAUUGCUUACAUUAUGCCAGGAUUGUAAAAGACUGUUUAUGAACAAUUAUUUAAGUAAAUUCUUUCUUAAUUAUUAUUUAUUAUUCUUAAGUUCAUUUAAUUAGAUUAAGUUAUUCCAUUGAUUUCAAUUAAUUAAAUAAUUAAUUCAAACUAAUUUAUACCUACUAUAAAUCUAAAAUUGUAAGUUGUAUUGUAUGAAAUGUCUUAGUGUUAG